GAACACCGGCGGUCAGUUUGGGGGCCAACCCGGGCUGUGUUUUCCUUUUUUUUUUUACUCCACCCGUUCAUUCAUCGCUGCGCGCAGCCCUCCCUCUCCAUCAGUCCAUCAGUCCAUCAGUCCGCCGCGCAACCGCUGCGUCACGGGGGUCAUCCAUCCGCGUUCCGACAUGGGUCCCUGGAUCCGGUGCCGCUCCUGGUUCUGGCCGUGCCUGCUCAGCCUGGCGGCCCUGGGCCGGGCGCUGGAGCUGAGUGACCUGUUCGAGUUUGGAGAAGAGGCUGGAGACGGACAGCUGCCGCCCGGGUCCGACUCCUCCGCCGCGCUGCCCCUCAACCGGUCCCUGAUGUUCUUCAAGGAGACUUUCGACCAAGUUUAUAUCAACACCAAUGGGUUCGUGGCUGUAGAGAGCCCUCCACCUGAGGAGGAGUACCUGGGAAAGCUGCCUGGCGGUUUCAAAAUGAUGGCAGCUCUGCUGGGAGACCUGGACAACAGCGAUGGGAAGGGGCAAGUUUACUUCAGGCAGGACAACAGCGUGGGAGCUCUCAGCCGAGCUGCCGAACACUGCAGACUGGCCUUCCCCAACGACAAAGAAGUGGAUAUCAAACAGACCCUCAUUGUCACCUGGGAGAAAAUGGCCGCCCGAGGGACAUCCGGUCGAGGGGACGGACUGGAUGCUCAGAGAAACACUUUCCAGCUGGUUGUAGCCUUGGCGGAGUCCGAAUCCUUCGCCAUCCUGUUGUACCCCCACAGCGGCCUGAAGUUCUUCUCCACGUUGGUUGGGGGAGAAGAUACACUGUUAGAGGCCGGCUUCAAUGAAGGCAUCAUAUCCGGCUGGUUCUGGAACACGAGACAGGGGACAUAUUUCCGCACGACUACUGAUGAAGAGAGCUCCAUCAGGGAACUGACUGUAAAGACAAACUCAGCAAGACAUGGAGUUUGGGUGUACAAGAUUGGGCCCUCCUCAACAUUUGUUGCCAUCACACCAGGGACGGCCGUUAGUUCCCCAGAGGACGACACUGAUUCCACCGCGACCAUGUGGCCGACGCAAACAGAUGAGCGACGAAAUCUGGACUUCCCAACCUAUGUGCCCCACACUGAGACCACUGACGCAAUACCAGAGGACAAAGACCUGUUUCCUACCGAGGCUGAGAUCUCACCGUUCCACGAAACACCUGACCAGUUUGACCGGUAUAGGCCAGAAUCAGAGAGUCCAACGGCCACUGAGAGCGUCCAGCAACAGUACCCAUAUGAGUCCGAAUCGAGAUACCGAAUCCCCACAGGCUCCACUGAACCCACCCACUCAGAACAGGCCCCCGUGGAGCCACCACGGUAUCUCGACCCUGAGCGCGUGCGACCUGUGCCGCCCCGCGCCCGUCUCCAGCCCCCGCAGGUUGUUGUGGUGGAUGAAGACGAGGAUCUGAAUGUGGACGUAUUCGCCUACAAUUUGGGGACAUGUGCACACAACAGGGACAAAUGUUCUGCCAUGGCCGACUGCCGGGACUACAGCAACGGGUACUGCUGCCACUGCAGGCCCGGCUUCUAUGGGAAUGGGUUUGACUGUGUAGCUGAAGGCAAACCCCAGAGAAUGAACGGAAAGGUAAACGGCCGCGUCUUUGUGGGGAACUCCUCGUCACCAGUCCUGCUUGAUAACAAAGACUUGCACUCCUACGUGGUAGCGAAUGAUGGACGGGCCUACGUGGCCAUCAGCAGCAUCCCCGACAGCUUGGGCCCCUCCCUGCAGCCUCUGUCCUCCCUCGGUGGAAUAAUUGGAUGGGCCUUUGCACUGCAGCAGCCCGGAUACCAGAAUGGCUUCAGUCUCAUAGGUGGAGUGUUUCACCGGCAGGCUGAAGUGAUCUUUCAACCUGGUAAUGAACGAGUUAUCAUCAAGCAGCAGUUUAAAGGGAUCGACGAGCACGACCACCUCCUGGUGAGCACAGAACUGGAGGGACGUCUGCCAGCCAUCCAACCGGGGUACUCCGUCCAGAUCAACCCAUACAAGGAGAUCUAUCAGUACGACAGAAACUUGAUCACUUCCUCCUCCAGUCGCGAGUACACCAUCAAUGCCCCCGAUGGCAGCAUCCAGACCAGAAGUUACCAGUGGCGUCAGACCAUCACCUUCAAGAGCUGUCCGCACGGCGAGGCGCCGGGCGCGACGCAGUCCACCCAGCAGCUCAGCGUCGACCAGAUUUUCGUCAUGUUUGACCCUCAAAACCACCUGAUCCGCUACGCCAUGAGCAACAAGAUAGGCUCGGUGAACGACAAUCUUCCAGAGCAAAAUCCAUGUUUCACCGGUCGACACGGCUGUGACAUCAACGCUGCGUGCCGGCCUGGCGAUGGCCUCCAGUUCAGCUGUGUGUGUACCACUGAUCUGGAUGAGUGUAAGGAGACCCCUCCGGUCUGUGGACCAAACGCCGUCUGCAGCAACCAGCCUGGAAGCUUCCGCUGUGACUGCACCGCUGGCUUUGUGCUGGCCGGUGAUGGAAGGACCUGCUCUGAGGAGAACCGCCCGGUGGAUCACUGUCGGAGAGGAAGCCAUGACUGUGAUGUUCCGGAGAGAGCCCAGUGCAGCUACAGAGGGGGCUCGGCCUAUCAGUGUUCAUGCUUGCCUGGGUAUGAGGGUGACGGGCGGAUGUGUAACGAUGUGGACGAGUGCCAGCAGGACCGGUGCCACCGCGACGCGCUCUGCCACAACACGCAGGGCUCCUUCAGCUGCCGCUGCCGCGAGGGCUUCCGGGGAGACGGCUUCCAGUGCAACCCCGAGUCCUCAGAACCUGAGAUGACCCCCUGCGAGUUGCACCGACAGAGAGCCCAGGCCGCCAUUCCCACGAGUUCCGGUUUCUUCUCCUUCUUCCUGCCGCGGCCCGCCGUGGAGCCGUACGUUCCCCAGUGCGACGCGCACGGAGCCUACGAGCCCACGCAGUGCCAGCGGAGCAUCGGUCAGUGCUGGUGCGUGGACGCCAGCGGCCAGGAGAUCCCCAACACCCGCACCGGACCCGGAACCACGCAUCUGUGUAUCAACCAAGUCGUGACCCCCACCGCGGUGGGUCCCACCCCACGCCCCGACGUGCACCCCAUCGAUGCUGGAGCACAUCUGCUGUUUGCCCAGAGCGGGAAGAUCGAACACAUUCCGCUGGACGGAUUCAGCAUGAAGCAACAGGAAGCCAAACCUCUGCUCCACAUCCCCGACCGGGUGGUGAUCGCCGUGGCCUACGACUGCGUGGACCGGAUGGUUUACUGGACGGACAUAACUGGCCCGGCGAUCAGCAAGGCCAGUCUGGACGGAGGCGAAAUCAUUCCGGUCAUCAGUAAAGAGCUCCUGAGUCCCGAAGGCAUCGCCAUCGACCACGUGGCGCGUCUCGUCUUCUGGACGGACUCCAUGAGGGACACCAUCGAGGUCUCCAAGCUGGAUGGCAGCCAUCGCCGAGUUCUGUUCGAUAAAGACCUGGUCAACCCCCGACCCAUCGUCACCAACCCGGCGUAUGGGCGGCUCUACUGGGCGGACUGGAACAGAGACGGGCCCAAAAUCGAGAUGUCCAACAUGGACGGCACGGGGCGGAGUGUCCUGGUGAAGGACGACCUGGGGCUUCCCAACGGUCUGACCUUUGACCUGGACAGCCAGCAGCUGUGCUGGGCAGACGCAGGGACCCGAAAGGUGGAGUGCAUGGAUCCCCACCGCCAGCUGAGGAGGCCCAUCAUCGAAGGGAUCCAGUACCCCUUCGCUCUGGUCUCCUUUGGGCGAAAUCUUUACUACACCGACUGGAGAAGGGAGGCGGUCGUAUCUGUGGACCGACACUUAGAGAAGGAGACGGAAGAGUUUCUGCCACAGAAACGCUCCCGGCUGUACGGCAUCACCACCACGUCGAAGCAGUGUCCGCAAGUUUAUAACUACUGCUCCAGCAACGGGCGUUGCUCCCACCUCUGUCUUCCACGGCUGGGAGGGUUCAGUUGCCGCUGCCCGGACGCCGCCGACGGCCUUUGUGUGGAGAGGAACCUGUAGCCCUUUUCUUUUUGGAGUACCUUCAUUCUCUCAAUCAGAGAAGGUUCUGUGCAUCGUUUCAGUUCAUGUGUUCAUAAACCUUAGGUCACCGUGGUUAUGAUGUCACACAGUCACUUCCAGUCUGUUACUGUGAACUUAAGAAUGAUUUAUUUAUCUAUUUGUGACCAUUACCUUGUUUUUAGUUCACUGACAUAAAUGAAGGCUUGUUUGAUCUAUUCAGAGACUGCACAUGACUGACCUGCCUAUAUUUAAAAAGUAAAUGAAAAGCAAACUUAAGGUUGUCUGCUUAACAUGUUUUUAUCUUUUUCUUUUUCUUGUCUGUUUGCAUUCUUAAAGUUAGAAGCCCUCAAAUUUCACUAAUAUUUUUAAAUUCACUAGUUCAGUCACACAAAGAAGACAUUUCUUAUACCUAUAUAUAUAUAUAUAUGUAUCUCUUUCUCUCUCUCUCCAUAA